UGAGUCUUGACAGGACCCGACGACAUGAGAAUCAUGAGAAGCACAGGCGCUGGCCUAAUUCGCUAUCCUAAUGGUGUAUUUACGAAGUCGUUAUGUUGUAAAUUUGCAACCGGUCCACUGCUGCGGCGUCACAUAACUAUCAUCCACAGCAAUCUUGCAGAUGUCUCAGCUCGCGUUUUUCAGGAGAAAGCCUUCAUCCCGGCGACCCCCAUCCUUAUUCAGAGACCAGAAACGAUCGGUUCUACAAAAAUCGCCGCUGGAGCAGGUAUCCCGGCCAUAGACCGAUGGUUCAAGAGCAAGGAGGCCGGAGUUGGCGAUGACGUGGUAUUCUUUCAAGAGGAAUAUCUCAAGCCCUUCGAAUCAACUGUGCUACCUUACGAGCUGGUAACUCCAGUUUUUAACAGCCAAAAUGGCCAGGAUAUCCUCAGCAAAUUUAUUUCCGAAAAUGCUUCGUCUUUGUCGAGGUAUCUUCCACCUAGUGAUGUAACCAUCAAGGAGCUCCUGAGAGACUGUGCUCUCGCUGAUAAAGACGACGGACGAAAUACCUCUCAGCCUACUGAAGCUGAUACCCCCUCUUCCCCAGGGGGAGUAAAACUUGAUGAACCGUUGACGGAACGCCAAGUCGAGCUCCUCCGCCGUCAUGCGCCGCUCUUCCAAAAAUUUCACUCUUUUCAUGCACCCCUGGAGCUGAUUAUCACCGCAAGUCGGCAAAACCCAGGCUCUACACAGUUUGGGCUUCACGGUCUCUAUAUAGCACAGGCGCAAAUGGCAGAUCUGCCUCAGCAGCUUCGAGAUGAUCUGCCCUCGCCAGAACUUGUCUUGAAGGCCGGGAAGGGGGAUGUCUACGAUGCAAACAUCUGGAUUGGAACACCGCCAACGUUCACCCCACUACACAAAGACCCAAAUCCAAACCUAUUUGUCCAACUCUCAAGCUCUAAGAAAGUACGCAUAUUUGAACCGCGUAAAGGGCAGGCAAUAUUCGCGGCGGUGCGACGUAAGAUAGGCGCUACUCCCACGGCAGCGUUCCGCGGCGAGGAAAUGAUGCAGGGGCGCGAGAGGGUAGAGCUCAAAGAAGCAGUUUGGAACCCUUCCAACUUGGACGGCCACGAAGUCACUGUUCGGCCUGGAGAUGCCCUUUUCAUUCCCAAGGGCUGGUGGCAUAGCAUCAAAAGCGAGGGCGACGGUCUCAAUGCAUCGGCAAACUGGUGGUUCCGAUAACUGGAAAGACUAUCAACACAUUGAACGACUAUUUAGCCUAGGUACAGCUUGGAGGGCAGACACAUAUCCAAGACCGCGCUUCCUAUGCCUUUGCCUCUGCCGCUGCCUUUGCCCUGGCGGCGGCCUUCAUACGCUUAAAAAUGCUCAAAUCGAGCAGCACAGGCUCUCCCAUCCAUGUUGCCCGCUGCGUAUGGUCUCUCUCCUCAUCGCUCACAUCCUUCCCGUCCACAAUCUCCUUGGUGUUCGGAUGCACCAGUGCGCUCAGGGGACCGCGGUUGAUCACCAGCCAAGGAACGAAGGCUCCGAACUGUGCGGGCGUGAAGAGGUUUACCUCGAACAUCGCAAUGGGAUGGGGCCCGAUGGGCUUGUCCCAUAUUUUGUAGAUGCGGAGUUCAGGGACUGUUGUGUGUUAGGGAUAUGACCACCGGAUCUUUGGAAUCGGGGUCGAAGAGGGGCAGAGGAGGGGUAAAGGGUGGCAGAGGAGGGGUAAAGGGAGGCAGAAAAGAACUGAGCAUGGCAUACAUUCGCGGCGGAUGCGUUCCCACAAUUCUGUCGCAAAUUUGACUUGGUAAUCAUUGCUCUGGAAGUAGUAUAUAUGUACAUCACUGUGUUAUAUCAGUUAUAAUGCCACACACAUAGGGAAGAACGCCUUAUUGUCACGUGCUUAUGACUUACAAUGCAGCAUCCUUUCCAUUUUUCAGCGGAGCAGUGAAUUUGGUAUAGCUAUCGCUAAGCUUUCCAGUCGAUGGGUUCUUGAAGCUCUUUCCGUCCUCAGAAAUAUCAUUUGGAAGGGGUGGGAGGUCGCGAUAACCCUCGAGUGGGGAGGGGUAAGUAUAUAGAGUGGG